AUGCCAGGAAUUCUGGGAAUUGGGCGUUCAGCUGCUAUGCUAGGCAUGCAUCCCAGAAACACCAGCAAGGCCGCUGCAGCUUCUGGUGCAGGGAGGCUUGCAUUUAUUUCUCUCUGCAUCAUCACGACGCCGGCGCCUGAUGCCUGCUCGCUCCUGCUCGAGCAAUCGGUCACCGCCCAAACCUUACACUCUGGGGCCACCUCAACGCGGCAAACUACCCGGGAAGGGAAGGUACAAGAGCUAACAGGGGACGGCCAAAACGGAAAAAUCAUCAACAAUUACCUUCUGGGAAGCGACGAUAGUAUCAUGGCGGGCUUGUCCGUAAACAACAAUAACGAGGCCUUGCAGCACGCCGGUCAACAGAUUCGCGUCUCUCUUCUACCUCUCAGUAAGAAUGAUUCGAAGUCUUCUGAUGGUAAUAAUAACGCCGUCUUGGAAGAUGCGACGGCGGAUGACAGCAAGCAGGUGUCGUCCAAAACGUACGGCAGCCAGAUGCCAUAUACGGCAGUAGCUCGCAAGCUCGCCCAGGUAUCCACGACGGCCAAUAAUCCAAAACAAGAUGCGUCAUCGAAGGACGUCUCUGUUACAGACCGUCAACCGGUAACUAACCUCACCAGCGUAAUCUUCUUGUUGAACUACUGUGGGCUAAAAAACCUUUACAACGCCAGCACAUUCCGCAAGAUCUGGCUCAACGACCCAGGCACUCCAGCCAAUGCAUUCACGAUGCAGAAUUACGUGAGCUAUUGCUCACAGGGCAUGGCGCAGAUGCCCAGCGCCUCACAACUCAUUUUCAACGUUGAAUUGCCCUGCAAUGGAGUCUGGUACCACCCGUUCAUGCGGAAUCGCCCAUUCGACCUCUCCAAGAAUUGUGGCACAACGGAGAAGCUCUACAUGUUUAAUAAGGCAACAGAAAUUGUGGAGAACGCGUCAAGAAUUUCCAUCUCAAGCAUCAGGCAGCGGAUUGCUAUAUUGCCGCAGAAUAACCCGUGUUCGUCUACAUGGGGUGAUUGGAAAAUCCUGGGCAACGAGCCCAAGUCGACUUAUUAUCCAUCCUUUCCCGUGCCCGCAAUCUACAUUUCCUUUCGUUCUAAAUAUGAACCUUUUGAAAACCUUACAACCGAGGAUGAUAACUCCGUCAACAUUUACACGUACAAGGGAGAUAGGUCACUGGUGGACUCUUUCUGGCGAACACAGCAUGUGAAGGCUCUUAAGGCUGGUGGCUUGACAGAAUACCGGGAUGACGGAUGGUCCGGUGUCGUUGUCAGGCUCGUCCGUGUGAUGCCUGGUGACAGUGCCGUCGUUGUCGUGUGCCGCUCCUCCGGACCGACCGAGUCCCAGGGCGGCAACACUUGCAGUGACGGCCUGGACAACGACUGCGAUGGCUUGGUGGACGCGGAGCAGGAUGGAGAUUGCAAUGCCUCCACGACCCCCUCCCAACCCACCUUAUCGGACGCCACCUCGACCGCCACCACCUGUGCUGCCGCCUGCAAAGCCGAUGUGGCCAAGGCGUCCUCGAAAGCCACCACCACCUUCACUCGAAGCCCGAAGAUUCCGGCCACCACCUCUAAGUACUGCUUCCUCUCAACAGCUACCACCGGCUCCACCAUCCCCAUUCCCGCGGCCGCCGUCACCGCUGCCGCCGUGGCCGCACCCACCACCACGCCCGCCGCGGCCGCCUCCACGCCCAGAGCUCCUUAA